AAGGCCCAGGUGGAAGGAAGUCUUGACCGUGGUGGAUUAGUUCCUGACAGCAGCAGGAGGGAAUGGUGGAGAGGGGUAUCAGACGAAAUAACAGGACAAUUUCCUAUCAAGACGGCCCAGUAAAAAAUAUUUAAUAGCUUCUCAAGCCCUGCCAUUACAGCCAGUCAACUGCAUAGAGCUCCUCUAGUUGAGAUGAAGCCCAGAAGAAGUCCUGCCUGGCCCAUCACAGAGUCUAUGACACUACCUUAAGUUUUAGGAGGACAAUGACAAAAUAAAGUGGAAGAGUGGAGGACCGCACCCCCCAGCAUCCCCCAAAAGCAGCAUGGCAGGACUCCAGCUGGUCACCCCCGCCUCCAAUCCCAUGGGGCCUUUCUUUGGUCUCCCGUGGCAACAGGAGGCCAUCCACGACAACAUCUACACGCCUAGGAAAUAUCAGGUUGAACUUCUUGAAGCAGCUCUUGAACACAAUACUAUUGUCUGCUUAAAUACUGGCUCAGGGAAGACCUUUAUUGCAGUACUCCUAACUAAAGAGCUCUCCCACCAAAUCCGGGGAGACUUAGCCGAACACGGGAAGAGGACAGUUUUCCUGGUGAAUGCAGCAUCGUCUGUGAUUCAGCAAGCAGCUAGUGUUAGGACCCACUCUGAUCUCCAGGUUGGAGAAUACAUGAGUGUGGAGAAGACCUCAUCAUGGUCCAGGGAAAAGUGGAGCCAAGAAAUGAUCGAAAAUCAGGUGCUCGUUAUGACAUGCCAUAUCUUCCUGCAUGUGCUGAAGAGUGGAGUGUUGCCACUAUGGAAACUCAACCUGGUGGUGUUUGAUGAGUGUCACCUGGCAAUCACGGAUCAUCCCUACCGGGAUAUAAUGAAGCUAUGUGAGGGCUGUCCGUGCAGCCCUCGGAUCCUGGGCCUCACUGCGUCCAUUCUGAAUGGUAAAUGUGACCCGUCUGAACUGGAGCAAAAGAUCCAGAACCUGGAGCGGAUCCUGCGGAGCAAUGCAGAGACCGCUACUGACCUUGUUGUCCUCGACAGAUAUGCCUCCCAGCCCAGAGAGGUGGUACUGGACUGUGGACCCUACCUGGACAAGAGCGGCCUCUCAGAGCAUCUACUGAGCGAGCUGGAUGAGGCUCUCCACUUCCUCAACGACUGCAACAUACCUGUGCCUCGAGAGGACAGAGACCCCACCUUCAUAUCCAAACAGGUGCUGAGUGACUGCCGGGCGGUGCUGCUGGUGCUGGGGCCAUGGUGUGCCGACAAGGUGGCUGGCAUCAUGGUGAGGGAGUUGCAGAAGUACAUUAAACACGAACAGGAAGAGAUCAACAGGAAGUUCCUGCUCUUCACCGACACCAUCCUGAGGAAGGUCCACGCCCUGUGUGAGGAACACUUCUCCCCGGCCUCUCUGGACCUGAAGUUUGUGACCCCGAAGGUCAUCCGUCUCCUGGAGAUCCUCCAUGAGUACAAGCCCUUCGAGAGGCAGCAGUUUGAGAGUGUGGAGUGGUACAACAACCGCAACGAGGACAACUACGUGUCGUGGAGUGACUCGGAGGAUGAAGACGAGGAUGAGGAGGUGGAGGUGAAGGAGAAACCCGAGGCUAACUUCCCCUCGCCUUUCACCAACAUCCUUUGUGGGAUCAUCUUCGUUGAGAGGCGCUACACGGCCGUCGUCCUCAACCGGCUGAUAAAGGAGGCGGGGAAGCAGGACCCAGAGCUGGCCUACAUCAGCAGUAACUUCAUCACAGGACACAGCAUCGGCAAGAACCAGCCACGUAACAAGCAGAUGGAGGUGGAGUUCAGGAAACAGGAAGAGGUUCUGCGUAAGUUUCGUGCCCACGAGACCAACCUGCUCAUAGCGACCAGCAUCGUGGAGGAAGGGGUAGAUAUUCCCAAGUGUAACCUGGUGGUGAGGUUUGACUUGCCCACUGAGUACAGGUCCUACGUUCAGUCUAAAGGCAGAGCCAGAGCUCCUGUCUCCAACUACAUCAUGCUGGCUGAAAGUGAGAGGACCAAGACCUUCGAGGAAGACCUGAAGACCUACAAGGCCAUAGAGAAGAUCCUGAGAAACAAGUGUUCCAAGGCAGCGGGGGUCAGUGACUUUGAGGUGGAACCGGUGCUGGAUGAUGACAACAUCCUGCCACCUUACGUGCUCCGCUCUGAGGAAGGAGGGCCCCGCGUCACCAUCAACACGGCUAUCGGACACAUCAACAGAUACUGUGCCCGUCUGCCCAGUGACCCGUUUACCCACUUGGCACCCAAGUGUAAGACGAAGGAGCUGAAGGAUGGGCGCUACCAGUCAACCCUCUACCUGCCCAUCAAUUCCCCUCUACGGGUGCCCGUUGCUGGGCCAAUAAUGAACUGUGCACGACUGGCAGAGAAGGCAGUGGCACUACUUUGUUGUGAAAAUCUUCACAAAAAAGGUGAGUUGGAUGACCACUUGAUGCCUGUGGGGAAAGAGACAGUGAAGUAUGAGGAGGAACUGGAUCUCCAUGACGAGGAGGAGACCAGUGUUCCAGGCAGACCAGGAUCCACCAAGAGAAGGCAGUGCUACCCUAAAGCUAUACCAGAGUGUCUUCGGGACAGUUACCCUGUACCGGAGCGGUCUUACUACCUGUAUGUGAUCGGCAUGGUCCUCACCACCCCUCUGCCUGAUGAGCUCAACUUCCGGCGCAGGAAGCUCUACCCUCCAGAGGACACUACCAGGUGCUUUGGCAUCCUGACCGCCAAACCUAUACCUCGGAUCCCCCACUUUCCUGUGUACACGCGGUCUGGCGAGGUGACCAUCUCGAUGGAGCUCCAGAAGGCUGGGUUCACUCUAAGUGCUGUCCAACUGGACCUGAUCACCAGACUACACCAGUACAUAUUCUCUCACAUCCUCCGCCUGGAGAAACCUGCUCUGGAGUUCAAUCCCACGCAGGCCGACUCGGCCUACUGCGUUCUACCUCUCAAUGUUGUUGAGGAUUCCAACACUCUAGAUUUGGACUUUAAAUUCAUGGAGGACAUAGAGAAGUCAGAGGCUCGUAUUGGCAUUCCUACCACCCAGUACACCAAGCAGAACCCCUUCACCUUCAAACUGGAAGACUACCAGGACGCUGUCAUCAUUCCACGGUAUCGUAACUUUGACCAGCCUCACCGCUUCUACGUGGCUGACGUUUACACAGACCUCACACCUCUCAGCAGGUUUCCAUCGCCGGAGUACCAGACGUUUGCUGAGUACUACAAAACCAAGUACAACCUGGACCUGUCCAACGUAAACCAGCCACUACUAGACGUAGACCAUACCUCGUCACGCCUGAACCUGUUAACCCCUCGCCACCUGAACCAGAAGGGGAAAGCCCUGCCCCUCAGCAGUGCAGAGAAGAGGAAGGCCAAGUGGGAGAGUCUACAGAACAAACAGAUCCUGGUCCCAGAGCUGUGUGCCAUCCACCCCAUCCCAGCCUCUCUGUGGAGGAAGGCUGUGUGUCUCCCCAGCAUUCUGUAUCGCCUUCACUGCCUGCUCACAGCCGAGGAGCUGCGGGCCCAGACGGCCAGCGACGCUGGAGUAGGAGCUCAGACCCUGCCCUCUGACUUCAGAUAUCCAAACCUGGACUUUGGAUGGAAGAAGUCCAUCGACAGUAAGUCAUUCAUCUGUCUGCGUGAUGAGGAAGAGGAGGAGGGGGAAGAGGACAGCGGUGACGAUAACUGUAAACAACAGGGCCAGACUGUAGCCACUGACCCUGGCCUUGCUGCUGCUGUUUCCCAGCAACCCUGUAGUGACUGUCAUGUCUCCUCGCGGCCUGAGGGGGACGACGUCGGCCAACACCCCGAAGAUGACAGACCAGAGGAGGAGCAGCCAGACUCCGCCUCCUGCACCAGCAUCCUCACUAACGGCACUGCCCCAUUUGCCAAUGACAACAGUGACCACGCACACCUUCACAACGGACGUGACAACUGCCAAUGCCUCCCGGCUGGUUCUGGCUUGCCACUGGAGACUGAAAAAGAAGUGUCAACAACAACACAAACCACUACCUCAGUUGUUCCUGUUCAGCCCUCUCUUAGCAUCAAGAACCAGAAUCUAACCCCAACACCACCCCGGACCCAGUCUCAGCCCCAGCCACGGACCCAGCCCCGGACCCAGCCUCAGCCCCAGCCACGGACCCAGCCCCGGACCCAGCCUCAACCCCCUCAGCCCCGGACUCAGCCUCAACCUCCUCAGCCCCAGUCCCCUCAGCCCCAGCCUCAACCCCCUCAGCCCCAGCCACAGGCCCAGCCUCAGCCCCCUCAGCCCCCGCCUAAACCCCCUCAGCCCCAGCCAGGGACCCAGCCUCAACCCCCUCAGCUCCAGCCAGGGACCCAGCCUCAACCCUCUCAGCCCCCGCUUCAACCCCCUCAGACCCAGCCAGGGACCCAGCCUCAACCCCCUCAGACCCAACCAGGGACCCAGCUUCAACCCCCUCAGCUCCAGCCUAGCGAUGAAUGUAGACCAGGGAGGACCUCAGAGCUCCGUGAGGGCGACGGACACCACGUGAAUCAAGCUACCUCAGACUGCUGCAGCCCAGCAACAGUGACGGUGCCCGCCGGCACCACUCCCAUCACCACAGCACCUUUACCUGACCCCUCAGAGGCCCUAGAGACCCAGGAGAUCACCACCAGUAGCUCUGUCGGGGGUGAUACCAUUGGCCCCUGCCCCAAGACCCUGGGGCCCAACCCUGGUCUCAUCCUUCAGGCCCUGACCCUGUCCAACGCCAGUGACGGCUUCAACCUGGAGCGUCUGGAGAUGCUGGGAGACUCGUUUCUGAAGCACGCCAUCACCACCUACCUGUUCUGUACCUACCCCGACGCACAUGAGGGACGACUCUCCUACAUGAGGAGCAAGAAGGUGAGCAACUGUAACCUGUAUCGUCUGGGGAAGAAGAAAGGUCUUCCUAGCAGGAUGGUGGUGUCCAUCUUUGACCCGCCGGUCAACUGGCUGCCUCCUGGCUACGUGGUAAACCAGGACAAGAGCAGCGAAGACAAAUGGGACGAGGAUGAGGCCAAACAGGACCUCUUGGCCAACGGUAGUGCUGGAGAGGAGUUGUUUGUGGAGGAGCUAGGGGAGGAGGUUCUGGAGGAGGAUGAAGAUCUGAUGUGGAAGGAGCCUAAAGACGAGGUCAACGUGGAGGACGACCUGGAGUACUACCAUGAGCACAUCAAGUUCAUCGACAACAUGCUCAUUGGCUCCGGUGCCUUUGGCAAGAAGAUUUCCCUUGGUACCUUCCCUCCUGCCCCUGCCCCCGCCCCCGCCGCCCCCGCCACCCCUGGCCGAAGCCCCAGCCCCUCUGCCCGCUCCUCCUCCCCUGCAGCUGAGCCCAGCUACGGGGAGUGGAAACCCCCCAAGAAACCUGUCCCGGUCCCCACCCCCCACUACCCCUCAGAGCCUAGCGGUGGUGGCUCAGCAGAUGAGUUUGACUACAGCUCGUGGGACGCCAUGUGUUACCUGGACCCUAGUAAGGCGGGGGAGGAAGAUGAUUUCGUGGUGGGUUUCUGGAACCCGUUGGAGGAGAACUGCGGGGCGGAGCUGGGGAAACAGUCCAUCUCCUAUGACCUGCACACGGAGCAGUGCAUCGCUGACAAGAGCAUCGCUGACUGUGUGGAGGCCUUGCUGGGCUGCUAUCUCACCAGCUGUGGGGAGAGGGCUGCUCAGAUGUUCCUCUGCUCACUGGGACUCAAGGUGUUACCGGUGGAGAGGAGGAGGCUGAAGGAGAAGGGCGGGGUCACAGAGGUCGCCAACCUUGACCUCCAGUAUGGCUGGCUGAAGAUCCCACCCCGCUGUAUCUUCGACCACCCGGACGCCGAGCGCACCCUCAACCACCUCAUCUCCGGCUUUGAGAACUUUGAGAGGAAGAUCUGCUACACCUUCCAGAACAAGGCCUACCUGCUGCAGGCCUUCACUCACGCCUCCUACCAUUACAACACCAUUACAGAUUGUUACCAGAGACUUGAGUUUCUUGGCGAUGCAAUUUUAGACUACCUCAUAACGAAGCACCUUUAUGAAGACCCGCGCCAACACUCUCCCGGCGUGCUCACAGACCUGCGCUCGGCGUUGGUCAACAACACCAUCUUCGCCUCCCUGGCCGUCCAGUACGACUUCCACAAGUACUUCAAGGCUGUGUCGCCCGAGCUGUUUCACGUCAUCGACGACUUUGUGCAAUUCCAGCUGGAGAAGAACGAGAUGCAAGGCAUGGACUCUGAGCUGCGGCGCUCAGAGGAAGACGAGGCGAAAGAGGAGGACAUUGAGGUCCCCAAGGCAAUGGGAGACAUAUUUGAGUCACUAGCCGGAGCAAUUUACAUGGAUAGCAGGAUGUCACUGGAGACAGUGUGGCAAGUGUAUUAUCCAAUGAUGAGGCCACUUAUAGAGAAAUUCUCAGCUAAUGUCCCUCGCUCUCCAGUGCGGGAGCUGUUGGAGAUGGAGCCUGAGACAGCCAAAUUCAGCCCUGCGGAACGGACGUAUGACGGGAAGGUCCGUGUAACAGUGGAGGUUGUGGGCAAAGGCAAGUUCAAAGGCGUGGGCCGCAGCUACCGGAUCGCCAAGUCUGCCGCCGCACGCCGGGCCCUGCGCAGCCUCAAAGCCAACCAACCUCAGGUCCCAAACAACUGAGCUUCACACGCUAACUAGCUAGCUACUGGUGCUAGCUACUGAUACUAACCAGUAGCUACCAGUGCUAGCAACUGAUGCUAUCUACAACUGUCGCUAGCCAGUAGCCACUGAUACUAGCUAGCUACUGAUGUUAGCUAGUCGCCACUGAUGCUAACUACUGAUGCUAACCAGUAGCUACCAGUGCUAGCAACUGAUGCUAGCUACCAACACAGUGCAGCAUUAGUCCUGUAUCUUCAGCCCACAAUGGCACAACCAGGGCAGCCAGGGAACGUUCUGUGGAGACAUGGGGAAGUGACAACGAGAGCUGAUCUAGUUGUAACGGAUUUCACAUUACAUUUUUUUUGUUGUUGUUGCAAACACAAUCUUUACUUUCCUUCUGUUCUCUGCUUUGUGUAAUCACGAGAGUGCUUUAUUAACAUAUAGCAAAGUGUUAAAAAGAAAAAAAAGUCAGGUGUCGCUUUGUUUAUUUCUCACUUUUUCUUAAUUAUAUAUAAUUAUUUUUGACUUGUUUUGUUUUGUUUAACUUUUGCUUUGUGUCAGUGAGAUAUUAGGCGUAUGCGUAUUAUGAGUAGUAUUAGAUUUGUACAUAGUUCAAAUCAAAGGUGUAAAUCAAAAAAUACGAAAAACGCUAUACUCCUCAGUGUGUGCACUAGUGCCAGUUUUUUUUAAAGCGGUUUUUUAAAUGCUAUUGCUAAGGACAUGGCAAACAGAGGCCAGACCACUGGUGAAGACAACCAGUGUGGCCCACCUCUGUCUGAACUCUGUCUUGAGAUGGUAUUCUUAGGAUGCGUCUAAAAUGGCACCCUAUCCCCAAUAUAGGACCCUAUAGGCCCUGGUCAAAAGUAGUGGACUAUAUAGGGAAUAGGGUGCCAUUUGGGAUGUACCCUCAGUCAUUAUUGCACUUAUUCCAUUAGGGUCUGUUAUGUUAAGAAUUGUGUGGUCGGAUGGACAACAAAAUCCCAUACGUAACAAUAUAUAUACAUUUAUGAUGAAAUAUAAAUAUUAUUUGCCUUACAUACUAAGGCCCUCCCUCGUAUCCUGAAAAAAAGAAUAGGAAUUCAACAUUCCCGGUUACUGUAAAUUAAAAAUAGUUUUUAAACAGCACUCGAGGAUGCAUGUUUGUGUAGCUUAUGUAUUAAUAACCAUGGCAACUGGAUGGCUUAUAUAAACAUUAUAAAUAUAUCAAUAUAUCUAGAGCAAACAGAAAGAGAUAUUAAAUGUUUAUUAUUAUGACAUAAGUCGACAACUUUGGUCUCAAGUAAUGUCUUUUGGAUACCAAGAUUGAGCAUCUUUAUUUUGAUGGUCAUUUUGUAAGACACAGAGCACCUUUUCAGUACAGUUUUUAGGACACAGGCAACGUUGUUGUUGUUCAACAGAAUCGUGGUUCACACAUCCCUUCACUUACCAAAGCUAAUGCAGAUGUCAUGCUACAGGGUUGCACAUGUGAAGUCAGUUCCUGCGGAUGUUUAAUGAUUUACUUCAAACACAUGAUGUGACACAGCUUCCACAUUGUGACUACAUAGCCUCUUAGACUAAAUGUCUUUAUUUCCUCUCAGUAGUAUCAAUAAGCCCUCUUCACUUGAAUACCUCAGUUGAUUGCAUGCAUUCUCUCUUUUUUUUGGGUGCUAUGUUUUUUGUUGUAUUAACCUUGAAUUUCUCAUCCUUUUUGCACUGUAACUAUAAUACCUCUUUCUUUGACCUUUUUAAAUCUGUCAGUUGGGUUGGUUGUCCUGUUCUAGCAGCCGUCAAGCUGUACGGGUCUAGUUCUUCUUCCUCCCCUCUUGGUUUAAUGCUUGGAAGAUUUGGUAAAACCUGAAGGUAUUCUCAUUCUGCACAAACAUAAGCCUAAAGUAAUGUUGAGCAUCAGUCCUCUUCAAAUGAAGAAUACAUGAAUUAGCAAUUAUAAGAUAGAGGGGGCCUCCUGUACUGUAGCUUGUUGAAGUAAACCGAUUGCACUCUAUAUCGCUCACUGUGUGUUGCCAGCCCAGUCGUAAUGUAGGUCGAAGGCCUCUGCAGACUGUACGUCGGGUUCAGUCUUUUACGAUUGUCACAUGUCACACUGUGCGAUGUUACCAAAUUAAAAUAUUGAUAUCAACCUUGUCAGAUUGGACGAUUUGCUUCAGUUCUGUCGUCACAUUCUGUGAUUGGCUUGAGAGGCUAGGUCAGCAGACGUAGGCUAUGUCAACUACAGCAGUGUAUUUGAUCUAUGCUCAUGCGCGAGUUCAGAAAAACUGAAAGUAUGCAUAGUUUUCACAUGCAAACUUUAUAUGUCCGUACUCAGAAUCAAAUAGGCUUCCCCCGAAAUAACAUGGUCGCUGUGGUAGAACAUUUAUUUUGAUUUGCGAUUUUGUGCAUUUAUCAAAAUCCCAUCAGUUAGCCCGAUUUUCAGAUGUGUCAUGUAAACAAGAAUAUUAUGGAAAUCGUUCUUCUUGCACAGUAUGUAAACGUUUAAAUCGAACUAUUAUAUUAAUCUGACUAUUCACAAUAAUCGUAUUAUUGUGUGCAUACUCAGUGCCGGCCCGUGUUCCUAUUGGUCAGUCACCGGGAUCAGCUCGUAACACCAGCCACACUACACAGAGCCUACGACCGACCGCACGUAAUCGACAGAACUACACCCUGUCACACUGAACGAGCGAAGACGUCUGACAAUCGUUUGCGACCUACGAAUUUGCCCGUGACGUGAAAAUGUUGUCUGGUAUGGCAAAAUCGUGGCAUAAGACGGCUGAAUUUGUACAGUCUGUGGGGGGCUUAACAUUCUAGAUUCUUAGAUUCUAUAUUCUAAGAUUCUUUCUCACUCUACUCUCAACUCACUUGAAAAUGGCAUUCCUCACAGACACCUGUGUUGUCCUAAAACAGUGGGUGUGCAAGAAACGUAAUUAAGCUCUUUCAAAUUAUAAACGUACUUAAUGAUGUCCAAAGUUGAUGAAUGAAUUAGGAGUUUUGAGGAGGAUUGUAUGGUGGUAUAUUUAAUAGAUAUAUAUCAUGUAUGGCUCUGAGGCUUUCCGUCAGUAUGGCAACUUAAGCAAGUGUAUGGCUAAGUCAUAAAAUCCUACCAUAGGUAAACUACCUCAGAAGACACUGCACUCUGCUCAUUGCCAGUCCCUAUGUCUUAUUUAAAUAUAUAUCAGUACAAAUAAACUGUUUUUUCUGGACAAUAACUGCAAUUUCACAUAUCUAUGGCAGUGACAUAUAUGCUGAAGUCUUUUUACUGUGACAUCCAUACUUUGAACAAUCUAAUAUAUCUAUAUAUAUAUAAAUAUAUAUAUAUAUAUAUAUAUAUAUAUAUAUAUAUAUAUAUAUAUAUAUAUAUAUAUAUAUAUAUAUAUAUAAACUCAUAAUUAUUUGCACUGAUAUACAACAUUCCCUCAGAGUUACUUGUAUCUAUUUGAUGACGUAUAUUUUUGACAGACGAAUAACGCAAACUAAAACAGUGCCUUCCAACUUAUCGUAUCCUAAAUCAAGCGAAUACUGCAACUCUUGUGUCUCAAGGUUCAGCAACCUUGCCUACAGUAGCUGCAACGAGCCAAGUACUGUUUGUUCAUAGUGCGUAUGUGUACUUAUUACAUUACUAUUAACCUGGUGCCAUACAUCAUUUGGUUUCUGAACUUUGGUAUAACCAUGUAAAUAUGUGAAAAUAUAUUAUACCUGCUAAAUUUAUACAUUAUCAUUGUUCCAUCAUUCCACUCGUGUGUGUGUGUGUGUGUGUGUGUGUGUGUGUGUGUGUGUGUGUGACUAGAAGGGGGAGGCUUUAGUAAAACUACAGUGGUAGAGAUUCUGACCAUUUUUGUUUUAUAUCAUAUAGUUUGACAUCGUAUAGAGUGCAAUCUGGAUUUAAGCUCUCAAGCAACAGUUGUGUGACCCUGAACUACAGCAAAUGUAACAUUCAUCUAUAUAUUUUUGGGGGUUUGUUUUGUUUCCGAAAUGUGGAUUUUCAAAGCUCGCACACACACACACACACAAUGUUUUAUGUGGGGGGAUUACUUAACAAGAAUGUGAAAUCACUCAUAUGGUGCCACACCCACACCACUUUUAUUUGGUCACUGAUGAAAAUACCCAAUUAAGAAAUGAUCAUUCAAGCUAGAUGUUGCGGCAUGAUGCAUUGCCUCCAACCCGAGUGUUGUCUUAGUAAAGGUGUUUUAUGGAAGUAUAGUUAUAAGGUAGUCCUCAAUCAAUUGCGAACUGGCAACGGAUAAUCGUUUUUAUUUUGUUUUCUUUUUGUACAUGUAGCACAAUAGAGCAUUGCACUUGGGCGCCAUACUUUACCUCAUGUCAGAGAAAGAGUUGAAAAAAAAUGAAAAGUGUAAGUUAUAUAUCAUGGUGCCGUUACGUGAAGAGGAGGAAUAACUUGUGGUUUUGCUGCUGUUUCAAUUGCUGGUAUUUUACAAUUGUAUUUAAGAGGCAAUGGAUGAGGAAGAUACAAGUGUGCCCUACAGCAGGAUACCAUCUCAUGAAAGCACUGUAGUAAAAGAUAUCUGCAAUAGAUCGGGGGCUAAAAUGUAUGUGUUGUGUAUACCUUAAAUGUAAUUCUUUGAAUAUUGAAUUGUAAUGUAACCCACAAACUACCAUGUCCUCUGAAUUAUGUUUAGUCAACUAUUCCCCCCUUUAGUUAGAUUACAUUUGACUAGUUCCAUAUGGAGUAGUGCAUGUUCAGUAGAAACAGGUGCCCCUACCCCACUUUUUUUAUUAUGAUUUCAAUCAACAAAAAAAUAAAGAAACUAACAUUUUUUCCAGCCCCUAUACAUUUUUAAACAAGGGCUGGUAUAUUGGACAAGGAGUAAAGUGUAAAAUUAUUAUUUAAUUUUUUUUGAAAAUAAAAAUGUAUAACUUCUUGGAUGACAAAAUGUACAUUAAAUUAAAUGAAAAAAAUCAAAUGCACUCUUUAUAGCAGCAAGUUGCUUUAGCGAAGCCGGUGGGUAGUCUGGACAGAAAGGGACUUUUGGGAAUUAACUUGUGAGAAUGUCAUUGUCACCAAACAGCGGAACACCAGCAGAAUAGAACGGAAUGGAGUGGAACACUUGAUGAUGUACUGAUUUCAGUAUGGGGAAAUAUGGGCCAUCACAACCUGCAGCGGAAGUUUAAGGGACAUCGAAAAGAAUAAAAACUUCUCACUCAUGCUGUAAUACCAUGCUGCAGUGGUUUGAGGUCUGCACCUUAUGGAUCACAAUUACCUUUAAUAUUUGUUUUGGUUCUCUUUUGUAAUAAUUGUAGCCGAGUUUAUCUACAAUAAAGUAAUGGUAUGGUCGUUCA